AUGGUGAGGUUUGGUGCUGAAAUGGUCUUCAGCUCCAAGGAUAGCACAAUUACGGAUGAAGACAUUGAUAGAAUCAUUGCCAAGGGAGAAGCAGUGACAGCGGAACCUGAUGCCAAGAUGAAGAAAUUUAUUGAGGAUGCAAUUAAAUUCAAGAUGGAUGAUACUGCUGAAUUGUAUGAAUUUGAUGAUGACAAGGACGAGAACAAGUUUGACAUCAAGAAAAUUGUAAGUGAAAACUGGAUUGAGCCCCCAAAAAGAGAGCGGAAGCGGAAGGAAGAGUCUGCCUGGCAUCUGCUGAUGAGGUACUGUGCUGGCUUUACGGAACAGUCAAAGAGAAUGAGGACUACAUACUACAAUUCGCACCACCAUUCAACCGAUUGGAGACUCUACAAGCAUAAUCUUGCCUUGAUGCGAUUACUAAUCACGUUGAACAAUCGUCAGUUCUCAUUAGGAAAAUCCCUAGAGAUUUGACAGAGGCAUCGGUAUCUGGUUCAUGGUUGUCCAUUGCAACUGCAUUGGCUAUGAUAUUUUUAUUUGGAAUGGAACUGAAUAAAUAUUUAACAGUCAGCACCUUGACAUCUAUUAUUAUUGACAAUAGUUCUGAUGGGGACUUUUUACGCAUUGAUUUUAACAUCAGGUGCAUUCAUUUUCUGUACAUUGAAUUCAUCUGAUGUUCUCAUUAGGUUGGAAAGCCUUUAUGUAGUUAAAGUCUUUAGGUUUAUGUGGCAGUGUACUAGCAUACAGUCUUGAUCUUGGGUCUUGAAGUAACAGCUGUUCUUGGCUUUUUUCCCCCAAUUUCCUUUAUGGAUGUAUCAUCCUUAUCUCAUUUAUUAAAAAUAAUAGGAAUAAGUUGAGGUAA